AUGCAAGAGUCCAGAUUUUUAGAUGAGUCAAUGUUAUUUGUUGAGUUUGUUGAAGAGGAAGAUUUAAAACUUUUAUCUGUUCAGUGUGUGUCAAGGUUGAAUUUGGAAGUGUCUAUGAUGAGUAGUAGCAUGGUCAUUGAUACCCUAUCUAGUGGUUUAGUGACUACUUAUUUGGUGUGUUUGAAUUAUACAGUGACAAUUUUUGGGAGAGAUUUUGGGGUGGAGUUAAUGUGUUUUCCUCUAAUUCAGCUUGACGUUAUUUUGGGAAUGAAUUGGAUGGAUUUAAACCAUGUGUUUAUUAAUUGUUUUGAUAAGUCAGUGCAGUUUCUUCAUUCCGUAGAGAGUACUGAGUCGAGUUUCAUGACCACGAGGCAUGUAGAGAUGUCCUUGAGUGAGAGCGCUCAUGUGUUCAUGAUACUCGUAUCCUUGAGUGGGGGAAGCGAGAGGAUGAUUAUGGAUCUACUUGUAGUGUGUGACUUUCCUAAGGAAUUCUUAAAUGACAUCAAUGAUUUUCCGCCAGAGCGCAAACUGGAAUUUUCUAAAGACUUAGUACCUUGUACUAGUCUUGUGUUAAUGACUCCUUAUAAGAUGUAUGCUUCAGAGCUUAGUGAGUUGAACAAACGAUUAUAG